AUGAGACCAAACGAACAGAAGGGCUACGGCGGGUGGAUGAACUCACUGAAAGUGGAGAUAUUUGGACGGUACAAAAUCAACGGUAGCCCUCUUCUCUACACUCCGGCCUACGCCCAGCGGCAUUCGAAGGAAUUUGCUAGCCUGAAGUUAUCUGUUUGUGAAGGGGUAAAAUACGUAUAUAUUCUCGGUGGGGAUGUCACACAAGAGGACAUCAAAAAUUGCAAUAUUUUUGUCUCUCGCGGAAAAGUGCUCGACUCCAGUUCCUCAGGCUGGCCUGUUGAACUUACCUUACAGAUGGUCAUGGAUCGAUAUUUUUUGGAUCUGUACAAUGGCAGCAGAACGGAGCUGGUUAACUAUCUAUCUGCCAUCUACACACAGCUACAACCAAUAGUCGGAGGUAACGAAGCUUUCACAGAUGGACCGGGCUUCUCAAUGUGUUUUCUGGAGGCGACUCCGUCAGACAGUCUUACCUACACUGAUGAUAAGAAGUCGGACCGCACCAUCAGUCAGAGUGGCCAAACGUCUCAAACGGAUCUUUAUCGUGUAGACGAAAUUACUCAGGACCUUUCUUUACAUUCACAGAAUAACCAAGAGUUUGAGACGGCAUCCUCUGCUGUAAGCAAAGAUGAAUCAAAGGAAUACAUCACCAGCUGUAUUUUAUCUGUCACCACUGAAAACGAUGCUGCUGAAGUGAAAUCUCGUGAACCGUUGGCUGAAUUGUGUCUGGAGCUUGUUUUUAGAGUGCCUACGCAAAAAAUGAUCCCCGACGGGCAACAAAAUGUUGUCAAGCAUCUGGCUUCCGUCUAUUUGGAGCUGCGACCAGAAGUUGAGGAUACUGAGGCAUUUUCCAAAGAAGUGCAGUUUUUCGGUAAAUUGCGAUCAGCAAAACGUGACUUUCACUACGUUCCCAACAUUGCAUUUUAUGGGGAGAAAACUAAGAAGAGUACGGAAGUGGGCUUAAAGACCAAAUUACCUUCUUAA